GGGAGUGGGGAGGAGGGGGGUCGGCCGCCGCAGCCAUGGAGGCCAACUGGACCGCGUUCCUGUUCCAGGCCCAUGAAGCCUCUCAUCACCAACAACAGGCAGCACAGAACAGCUUGCUUCCCCUCCUGAGCUCUGCUGUGGAGCCUCCUGAUCAGAAACCAUUGCUUCCAAUACCAAUAACUCAGAAACCUCAGGCUGCACCAGAAACAUUAAAGGAUGCCAUUGGGAUUAAAAAAGAAAAACCCAAAACUUCAUUUGUGUGCACUUACUGCAGUAAAGCUUUCAGGGACAGCUAUCACCUGAGGCGCCAUGAGUCCUGCCACACAGGAAUCAAGUUGGUGUCCCGGUCAAAGAAAACCCCCACCACAGUGGUUCCCCUUAUCUCCACCAUCGCUGGGGACAGCAGCCGAACUUCAUUGGUCUCGACCAUUGCAGGCAUCCUGUCAACUGUCACUACAUCCUCCUCGGGCACUAACCCCAGCAGCAGUGCCAGCACUACAGCUAUGCCUGUGACCCAGACGGUCAAGAAACCCAGUAAGCCUGUCAAGAAGAACCAUGCCUGUGAGAUGUGUGGGAAGGCCUUCCGAGAUGUGUACCACCUCAAUCGACACAAGCUCUCCCAUUCAGACGAAAAGCCUUUCGAGUGCCCUGUUUGUAAUCAGCGCUUCAAGAGAAAGGACCGGAUGACUUACCAUGUAAGGUCUCAUGAAGGAGGCAUCACCAAACCCUAUACUUGCAGUGUUUGUGGGAAAGGCUUCUCGAGGCCUGACCACUUAAGCUGUCACGUAAAACAUGUCCAUUCAACAGAAAGACCCUUCAAAUGCCAAACAUGCACUGCUGCCUUUGCCACCAAAGACAGACUACGGACACACAUGGUGCGCCACGAGGGCAAGGUAUCAUGUAAUAUCUGUGGGAAACUUCUGAGUGCAGCAUACAUCACCAGCCACUUAAAGACACAUGGGCAGAGCCAAAGUAUCAACUGUAAUACAUGUAAACAAGGUAUCAAUAAAACAUGCAUGAGUGAAGAGACCAGCAACCAGAAGCAGCAGCAGCAACAGCAUGUUACAAGUUGGCCAGGAAAGCAGGUAGAAACGCUGAGACUGUGGGAAGAAGCUGUCAAAGCACGGAAGAAAGAAGCUGCUAACCUGUGCCAAACCUCCACGGCUGCUACGACACCUGUGACUCUCACUACUCCAUUCAAUAUAACAUCUUCUGUGUCAUCUGGGACUAUGUCAAACCCAGUCACAGUAGCAGCUGCCAUGAGCAUGAGAAGUCCAGUAAAUGUUUCAAGUGCAGUUAACAUAACCAGCCCCAUGAACAUAGGGCACCCUGUAACUAUCACUAGUCCAUUAUCCAUGACCUCUCCUUUAACACUCACAACCCCAGUCAACCUCCCCACCCCAGUCACUGCCCCAGUGAAUAUCGCACACCCGGUUACGAUCACGUCUCCAAUGAACUUGCCCACACCAAUGACAUUAGCUGCCCCUCUCAAUAUAGCAAUGAGGCCUGUAGAGAGCAUGCCUUUCCUGCCCCAAGCUUUGCCUACAUCACCGCCUUGGUAAACAGUAUUAUAAAAUGAAAAUAGGAGUUUAAAGUAAAUACUUACCAGCAACUUAUUUUUAGUUGAUUAAGGUAAAAAGUAAACCAUGAAAUUGGAAGAUUUUAUUACAUUAGUUAAUAAUAAGAGUAUAGUAGCAUUUUUCUCCAAUUUGGCUGGAAUUACUCAAAAUAGAGUGUGUAUGUAACUUAUCAUUGGACCAUUUUAGUUUAAUCAGAAAUUCCUUUUAGCUCACAUCAUUGCUUAAAUAGUAGUUGGCAAGAUGAAAUGCCAGGAUUAAAAUCAAUCAUAAAAAAGUAAAACCCAUUUCAAAGUAAAAACAGCAUUGCUGUUUCUAAUCCCCAGAAACCAUUUUGUUCUAAACACUAGCAAAACUCUUUCCCCAUAUACCAGGUGGAUGACUGAUUUUAACCUGAUACUCUAAAUCCACAGAUUGAGAGCUAGUGUAGAAUAGUUUGUGUUUAUUGUUUUUAUGAGUAAAUACAUGCAUUGUCAUAAUAAAAUGCAUUUCAGAGAAUAUGCAUUUUACCUUUGGGAAUAUGUUAAUUUCAGGCAGCAUUCCCUAUGGGAAAGGUGAUACCAGCUCUGAUAUGCAAAGCAUAUGAUAAUUUAUCAUUCUAACUUCAACAUAUAAUAGGGAGUGUGACCUGAUAUUUGGAGAUGUAAAUAUUGCUCAACAUAUUAAUCCUGAUGGAAUAUAGCAUUGUAGUUCACUUUUU